ACUCUGCCCCUCUCCUCGAUCUGACCAAAAUGCCCCUGCCCAUCCGCUCCCCGCCCAUGCUUUGAGAUUCGCGCCGCGCACUCCCGUUUGGCCUCGUAUCGCUCGCGGACUCGCCGGCGAACGCCUCUUCGGAGAUGCCGCCCACCGCCGCGGCGAGCUGCCCCCUCCUCCGGCGAGCUCCGGCGGCCCCGUUCGCGGCCCUCAGUGGCGCUCUAUCCCGCUCGGGAAUGGCGCGGCGUCUGGUGGCAGCGAGCUCUGGGGGCGGCGGGCGGGGGCCGGCGUACGGGGGGCUGCUGCUCGACGCCGGCGGCACGCUGCUGCAGGUGGCGCGGCCGGUCGCCGAGACCUACGCAUCCAUCGGCCGCCGCUACGGUGUGACGAAGCCUGAGAAGGGCAUCAUGGAGGGGUUCAAACGGGCCUUCUCGGCGCCAUGGCCGAAGACGCUCAGGUACCAGGGAGAUGGGCGGCCAUUCUGGAGAAUUGUAGUAGCGGAAGCAACCAAUUGCACUGAUGAUGAUUACUUCGAAGAAGUGUAUCAGCAUUAUGCACAUGGAGAUGCUUGGCGUUUGCCUGUUGGAGCAGACACAACACUGCGUGAGCUGAAGGAUGCUGGAGGGCUUUCUGGAUUCUUGCUUUCGGUGCACAUUGCAGGGCUUUCAGGUGGAGCUGGCACCAAAGAUUGCUUCUUCUUUGUCUUCUUUGCUUUUGCCUUCCCUUGUGCCUUUCCUUCUCUCUUUCUCUUCUCUAAAGCAACUAAUCUCCUUCCUACAUCUAGGAUUACUGACCAGUCUUAUUUCCAAAAGGUAGCUUGAUUUAGGAUCCAUCCUGUGAAACAUGGCAUCAAAAUGGAUAAACUACUGCAUGCCUAAGACUAUUGUUGCUGUUGGCAUAUACAUCAAGGAGAAAACAAUUGACUCACCCUGCAAGAAGCCACGAAGGACUUGGAUUUGUCGAGUCCAUUUGUGCAGUGGAAAUGCGAGGGGGACUGACCGGCGGAUUCGCAGCUCUAGCGGCAGAAGAAGACUGGGCCGGCGCUGCGACGGGAGCGGCGGCGACCAGGGCGAGGCGGCGUGGCCCAGGGCACAGUCGCGCGAGGGCACCGCAUUGGCGCGCGGGCGGCGCUGCUCCCCGACGCGUGCACGGGCGACCGCGGCCUCGCGAGGGAGCGCGUGGGCCCGCUGCUCCCCGAAGCGGACACGCGCCGCCACCGCCUCGCGAGGGAGCGCGUGGGCCCGCUGCACCCCGACGCCCCCAUGCGUUGGCCGGCCUCGUGAGCGCACGCGCGGCUGCUGCUCCCUGGUGCGGUGGCGCGGCUACCGGCAUGCAGACUCCCCCUCACCAAUGCUAGGGACUUGGGAGAUGGGGGGGAGAAGGGGAGGAGAUGGAUUUGGGGAAGAAGAUCACGGGAUAAGGUGGAGCGAGAGCAAUGGAACUUUUCUCGCUGCGUAAGGGUAAAUUGGUAACAUCACCCUUGGAUUCCGUAGCAAUCGCUGACUUCCCGUUAAAAAUCUAACAGAAGGUAACGGAUGUGGCAUACAAGGGAUAAAAUUUUAGUUCAAUGGCACUGAAAGGAUUUUACAAAAUUUUAUGGCAUUGAGGGAAGCUAUACAAAUUUCUGUGGUACUGAAGGAAUUGGCUCUAUCUUAUUCUACUCUACCAGCAGUACAAAUGGCUGAUAUUAAUGUG